AUACGUCAAAAUUGUAUGUCAAAAGCAUGCUGCAUGUUUUUAAAACUCGUGUCGUGUGAUUUUUAUUUAUAAUUUAAUAGUUUCUAGUAAAAAAUACAAAAUGCUUAAGCCCAAAGAUAUGGGCGAUAACCUUCCUGGGUUUGAUUUACCAGCAAGUGAGGAAACUGAGGAAAAUGAGACACAUAACGUUAAAAAGAAAAAGAAAAGUUCAGGUGGAUUUCAAUCAAUGGGUUACAGUUUUCCCGUAAUGAAAGGUAUUACGAAAAGAGGAUACAAGCAGCCUACUCCUAUUCAGCGCAAGAGUAUGCCCGUGGCUCUUGAAGGAAAGGAUUUAGUAGCCAUGGCCCGCACCGGUUCUGGAAAGACUGCUUGCUUUGUACUGCCUAUACUUGAGAAGCUGAUUGCUCCGGUGAACAAAGCUGUUGCUGGCAAGAACUUUAGAGCACUCAUACUUUCACCUACAAGAGAAUUGGCAUUACAGACUCUGAAGUUUGUCCGCGAGCUUGGCAAGUUCACUGGUCUGACAUCAGCUGCUAUCCUCGGUGGAGAGUCCAUCGAGCAACAGUUCAGUGUGAUGUCGGGCUCGGCCCCGGACAUUGUUGUAGCCACACCUGGACGAUUCCUUCACAUCUGUGUUGAAAUGAAUUUGAGACUAGACAAUAUUAAAAUCAUAGUGUUUGAUGAAGCUGACAGACUAUUCGAACUUGGUUUUGGAGAUCAACUGCGAGAAAUUGUGUCCAGAUUGCCGGCUACUAGACAAACCUUGCUGUUCUCAGCCACACUCCCAAAAAUGCUGGUAGAAUUCGCAAGAGCCGGAUUGUCAGACCCUGUUUUAAUAAGAUUGGAUGUUGAUUGGAAACUGCCUACAACUCUAUGGCUUGGAUGGAUAGCAGUGCGGGCUGAGCUGAAGACAGCUGCUUUACUUUUACUUCUGGAUAAAGUGUUGACACCAACCACACCACAAGCUGUCGUUUUUGCUGCUACAAAGCAUCAUGUGGAAUAUUUACACCUGAUACUCCAGCAAGCCGGCAUAUCGUCCACAUACGCGUACUCGGGGCUCGACGCCUCCGCCAGAAAGAUAGCCCUAGGAAGGUUCUCCAACAAGAAGUGUUCCGUGCUGAUAGUGACGGACGUGGCGGCGCGCGGUCUCGACCUGCCCGCUCUAGACACUGUCAUUAACUACAAUUUCCCGGCUACGCCGAAGCUGUUCGUGCAUAGAGUUGGUCGCAGCGCUCGCGCGGGCCGCGCCGGGCGCGCCUUCUCGCUGGUCGCGGCGGACGACGUCGCGCAUCUACUGGAUCUACAGCUGUUCCUGGGCACCGAGCUGGCGCCGCCGUCGAGCGUUAAACAGGCGGGCGCGUCGUGCCCGAGCGGCGUGUGGGGCGGCGUGGCGGCGGCCGCACUCGAGAUGAGACACCAGGACGUCAUGGCCUGGGAGAAGAACCACUCCGAGAUUGAAGACGCGGCGCGCGUGUGCGGGCGCGGCUGGCAGCAGUACCAGCGGUGGCGCGAGCCCGCCUCCGCCGAGGCAAACAAGAGAGCCAAGUCCAUCACUGUGCCCACCGCGAUACACCCCUACUUACUGGACGAGACGCAGGCGGCGGCUAGCGAUAUGGUGGAACAGAUCAAGAACUAUACGCCUAAAGGGACCAUUUUAGAAUUGACUGCGAAGUUUGACUCUCCGAUGUACCUCGCCAUGAAGGCAAAGAAACAAAAGCACGGAAAAACUGUAGAGAAGAAACGAGAAAAUAUGAAGUCAGAGGCCGGUUUAUUAGAAGACAAUCUAGAUUUCAAAGUUAGCAAAAGGUCAUCAAAUAUUACCUCUAAAAAGAAGAAGAAAGAGGUGGUUCGAGACGAGAACUACAUCCCACACUUUGCGAGCGACCAACAUACUGAGAUGGGUAUGGCGGUGAACUUCUCCGCGGGCGCAUCAGCAGCGGAACUUGACCUGGGCGUGGACACGGGCGACGCGGACCGCUCGCGCCGCAACCAGCUGCGCUGGGACCGCAAGCGGAAGAAGAUGGUGCAGGACUCGGACGGCAGCCGCAAGAUGAUCCGCACAGAGUUCGGGGGCCGCAUCCCCGCCACGUACCGCAGCGGCCGCUACGACGAGUGGAAGAAACGGAACGCGCCGGCUGAUGAUGAUGAUGAUGAUGACCAUUCGAACGCUAAUAGGAAGAAACCUGUAUCGGAGUUCCGCCCACACUGGAUGAAGCACAACGAGCGCCUGGCCAACAAGAAGGCGGGCGCAUCCAAGGAGUUCAAGGACAAACAGCAAAUAGUCAAGGAGCGACUACGCAAGGAGAAGCUCAAGCAACGCCUCAAGCACAAGGGCAAGGGAAAGAAAGGAGGUCGGAAAAAGAAAUGAGAACUUAUUCUAAUAAUAUAUCUAUCUGUGACUAUUCUUGUAAGUUAUGUUGAACUGAAUUAUACUGGUUCGUUAAUCAA